ACCCCACCUCCGUUAUUUCUCCUCUCUCUCUCUCUCUAAUAGCAAAAUACAGAGCAGAUCUUGACUUUCCAAGCCAAGCCGAAGAAAGAAGAAAGGAAAUGACGAGCCAGCUCAUAGCGACCCAUCGGGACAACGCCGAGGUCUUCGCAGGGGAUGCCUCUCUGUGCAAGCUCAAGUCCCGCGAGCUCCUCUCCGAGAUCAACCUCCCCAAGGGCCUUCUCCCCCUGGACGACGUCGUCGAGGUCGGCUACAACCGCUCCACCGGCUUCGUCUGGGUCCGGCAGCGCAAGCCGAAGGUCCACCGCUUCCCCGCCAUCUCCCGCAGCGUCUCCUACGACGCCGAGGUCACCGCCUUCGUCGGGGACCGCCGGAUGAAGCGGCUCACGGGAGUCAAGAGCAAGGAGCUCCUGUUCUGGGUCACCAUCUCGGACAUCUACGUAAACCCGAACGACCCGGGCAAGAUCGCCUUCGCCAACACGACCGGGCUCUCGCGGUCGUUCCCGGUGUCGGCCUUCGAGGAGGAGGAGGAGGCGGAGGAGGAGGAGGAGGAGGUGGCGAGCCGGACCGACGGUUGAAGCAGUCGGAGGAAUGGAAUCGAGAAUCGCCGGAGACGAUUGGGGGGUAAUUUUGGAAUUAGG